UUCAAUGGAAGACUCUACGUAAGCAUCUAGUAAAACAUCAUCCUCAUGGAUCUCUCUAUAGACCUUCAUUGUUGAUGUGGACAAAAGCAGCAGAGCAUCUAGAUUGCGGAUCAGAGCUUCAGUAGAGGUGGGCAGCAGUCGGAGGAGAACUUGCAGCAGGGAAUGCCGGGAGGAGACAGCUUUCCCGAUGGAGAAGAGGAGAACUCUUCUCCAGGCUCCAGCAAGCGUGCGGGGCAGACGGACCAAACUAACAGCGGGCAGGACCCCGGGACCAGCGGAUCCGGAUCAGUUGAGGAGGAGGCUGAGGAGCAGCGAGGAAGAACCAGCAGAGGGGAAAGCUCAGCGGGGUGUGAGGAGAGCGGAGGAGAGCAGACGCACGAGGAUGUGGACAUGAACAGCGGCCACGACUCCAGCAGCGGAAACGACAGCGUUGGUGGGUCACGACAUCAUCACUCCUCAGCCAAUUGCAGCCCUGGAAGCACCACGGGAUCAGGAAGCACCAAGAGCUCAAAAUCUGCCACUGGUUCGUCAUCAUCCAGCUUUCAUAGCGCUCAUCACACUGAGUGCAGUGAGCAGACGCACCGAGAGAUGAUGCAGACGGUGCAGGAGAUGAAGAAACGGCUGCCGUCUGAGAAGAGAAGCCGCAGUAAAGCCAGUACUGUAGAGGCACUGAACUAUGCACUGAACUGUGUCAAACAAGUACAAGCAAACAGUGAGUACUACAACUUACUAAUGAGCAGCGGACUGGAGGAGAGACGAGACGCUACUGUGUGCACGCUGGAGGAGCUGGAGGGAAUCACAUCAGAACACACGCUGAAAAACACGGACACGUUUGUGGUGGUCUAUUCUCUGACCUCCGGGAAGGUGGUUUACGCGUCCGAACAGGCCUCCAGUGUGCUUCACUGCAAGAGGAAGUUUCUGGAAUCUGUCAAGUUCGUGGAGCUGCUGUACCAUCAGGACGUCAAUGUGUUUUACUCGCACACGGCGCAACCGUGGCUGCCGCCCUGGAACGUGGGCACAGACAGCGCGGCGGUUCUGUUUGAAUGCGCCCAGGUCAAGUCCUUCUUCUGUCGAAUCAGAGGAGGGAAGGAUAGAGAUGGAGAAAUGCGUUAUAGUCCUUUCCGGCUCACUCCGCACCUGCUGAAGGUUCAGGGAUUGAGCGGAGAGGAGGAGCCGUGCUGUCUGGCCCUGGCCGAGCGCAUCAUCUCAGGAUACGAGGCCCCUCGCAUUCCCAUGGACAAGCGCAUAUUCAGCACGACUCAUUCGCCAGGCUGUGUCUUUUUAGAAGUGGAUGACCGAGCGUUGCCUUUGCUCGGCUACCUCCCUCAGGACCUGAUCGGUACCUCAGUUCUGUCCUGCCUUCAUCCAGAUGACCGCCUGCUCAUGCUGGCCAUGCACCGCAAAAUUCUGAAGUACGCGGGCCAGCCUCCGUUUGAACACUCGCCCAUCCGCUUUCGGUGUCAGAACGGCGACUACAUCACCCUGGACUCCAGCUGGUCCAGCUUCAUCAACCCUUGGAGCCGUAAGGUGGCCUUCAUCAUCGGCAGGCACAAAGUUCGCAUUGGACCUCUGAAUGAGGACAUUUUUGCCGUGCGGAGUAAAGCCAAGCAGCUGAUCAUGUGUGAGGACGUUAAAAAGCUGCAAGCCAUGAUCUACAAGCUCUUCCUUCAGCCGGUUCAUAAUAAAGGAUCCAGUGACUAUGGCAGUCUGGGUAGUAAUGGCUCCCACGAGCACUACAUCAGUGUGGCGUCGUCCAGCGACAGUAACGGAAACCUCUGGGAGGAUUCGCACAGAGAACCAAUGACAUUGCAGCAGUUUUGUGCUGAUGUCAAUAAAGUGAAGAACUGGGGCCAGCAGGCGUAUCUGGACUCCCGGAGGAAGCUCACACCUUUAGGACCAGCCGCUGCAGUGGCGGCAGCAGGCGUUCAUCCGAACACUAGUCAGGGUUUGGGAAUUCGAGCUCAUCUAAAGCAGUCUCUGCAAGAAGCGCGGAAACAGCCACACAUUCCAUCCUACCAGCAGAUCAACUGUGUGGACAGCAUCAUCAGAUAUCUGGAGAGCUGUGCGACAUCUGCUCUGAAACGAAAGAGCGAAUCUUUGUCUGUAGCUACAUCAUCAUCUUCCUCCAUGUCUGAGGAAGACAAACCCGCAGCGGCCGCACAUGAAGACACUGUGAACACAGACGAAGCUGCGCUCGAGGGCGCCGGUGCUCUGGACAGCCAGGUGUCUGCGGGCUCGGCCACGACGGCAGCGGUGGUGGGAGCGCCACUCACAGACAUCACAAUCUCCACAGAAGCCAUGAGCGUGGUGUCCGUCACCAGUCAGUGCAGUUACAGCAGCACCAUAGUGCACGUUCCCCAGCCCGAGUCAGAGGUCACUGCCUUAGAAGAUGCUCCAAUGGGUAGCGAGCCAACAGACUCUGCCCCCACCCCUGCACGCCCCGCCCCCAGCACCUCCUCAGCGGCUCAGGAGGAGUUACUCGUGGUGUACUCAUUAACGCUCCUUUUCUAUCUACUCUCAGCUGAUGCCAUGCGUCCUCCGAACAAACACAAGCGUCCCAAACCAGAAGACUCAUCCGACAGCUACGGCUCCCAGCCUGGCAACUACUGGUCCCUUCCCGGCCCCACAGGAGCGCCUCAUUCCUCCUGGCCUUCCUCAGAGUCCUCUCAGCCCCUGCCGUCCAACAUCGGCUUUGUGCAGCCCAUGGCAGUGCCCAUGCAAACGGCCCCUUACUUCACCGUGGUCGGUGCGGAUCAGCAGCCCAUGGUGGUCCAGCCUGACCAAGGUGUCCAGAACCUCCAACCCAUGCAUCCCAUGAUGGUCGUCCUGCUUCCUAGCUACCCCAUGUACCCCGGGAACAAUGGCAUGUACCUGCAGGGGAUGCCGGUCCCGGCGCCCGGAGUCGUUCCCCAGCCUCCCUUUAAUAUGGGCGGCUACGUCCCACCUGGUGGACACGUGCCACAUGGGUCUCCGUCGCAGGGCCAUCCUCCAGGUCCCACCGUCACAGGAGUCGGGAUGGCAGAGGUCGACUCAAUACCCGCCCCUUGGUUUGGGGAAGACCUUGAUGCAGCACAGCCCACGGCGCUCUUCUCCAGCUCUCGCUCCAGCUCGCCCAUCCAGCUGAACUUACUCCAGGAGGAGCUGACCAAGCCCACCGAAGCCCAGAACAGCACCGGUCCAGAGAGUCUGCAUGAACACCACGCCAAAGCGGAGGACGCUCCCAGCGAGUCGGGUAACCAAGACGCCCAUUCUAGCUCCAGUGAAAUGCUUGGCCAGUUGCUACAGGAGGACGCCCGCUCAGGAACAGGCUCACAUGCCUCGGGCAGUGGCUCCGGAGAGUCGGGAGGCUCUCUGGGCUCCGGGUCAGGACUCGGUUCUAACGGAACAUCCACCAGCCAUACAGGCAGCAGCAACAGCAGCAAGUACUUCGCCAGCAACGAUUCAUCGGACACAUCGCGGAAAGCGCGCAAGUCCACGGAGCCCCAGGAACGUGAGCGUAUGACCUUCACAAAGCAAGUGGACAAUUCGUUAUGGAGCAUGAUCAAGCAGAUGCCCGAACCCGUCAUGAUGACCUAUCAGAUCGGCCCCAGGGAUCAGGCGCAGGUUCUUCAGGAAGACCGGGAGAAGCUGCUUCUGAUGCAGCCCAUGCAGCCCUGGUUCACCCAGGACCAGAAGAAGGAGCUGGCCGAGGUUCAUCCCUGGAUCCAUCAGCACACGGUCCCACAGGAGAUCAACACACAGUGUUGUGUGAGUUGUACCACCAUGGAACCGGGGCGAGGAACUGAAUCUUCAGACUGACUCUCCAAACCCUCUGACUCCUGACAGCUCCUGUCCGCAAGACUGUCCGUUUCAGGACGCCAGACCCAACACCGACACCUGACCGCAGACCCUGCUGGACCUCCGGCCUUCUGGGACUCAGUGAUUCUUCUGCUCUCUGAUGGGAAUCGUGGGAAGAGACGGACGCCCGCAUCCGCGUGCCAGUGUCUCAUAUUUCCUCCUGAUGUCACGAAACGAGGAGAGCCCUUUGCACUCGAUCAGACCACGUCAGCGUGAGUUUGGACACUCGCAGAAGACGUCACAUGACCAUGCAUUUCUCUCUGCUGUUCUCCGUUACAGUCCAUGGACCCAAACAACUGUGAAUAUCAGACUAUAAUUUGGUAGUCACCAGUGUGGCUCGUAUUUUUUUAAACUGUUGCCCAAAUGUUUUUUUUUUUUUUUAAGAAAACUUUGUUAAUUAAUAAUGUGUCCUCUACUGAAUCUUGCAGGCUCAGGAGGGUUCAUGAUCUCCCAGAAGUACCUGUAAUGAGUUUCCUGACCACUUGCGUAUAAAUGCGUAUAAAUGUCCCACAAUGCUGCAACAUCCUUUGCAGUUACUAAAGAACAUAAGCACUCACCGCCAAAAUCUAAAAGCAUCUACGAAUGGAAAUGAAUGAUAUUUGAUCCAGAGCACGAAGAUCUUCAUUCCUUAUUGAGCUCAUCCAAUCCAAACGGAUUCGUUUUUUCGUCAGUGUGUUUGUUUAUUUUUCUGUUCUCAAUUUCAAAUGUUUCUUCCACUGUACAUGUGACUGAACGAUGUCGAGCAAUGUCUUACUAUGGUAUAAAACUAAAGUAAUGGUGUAAUUGGAAUAUACAGACAUUUUUUCUCUCGUGUAUGUUGGGUUGAUAGCUGUACUUGUACCUGGGUCACAUUUCACCACAAAA